UCCACAGACAUGUCGCACAAUAGCUGAAGUAAACCUGUCAUCGUGGCUCAUCAUUUGAGCCUCCAGAAAUAUACCGCAGGUGGGAUUUGCAUUGCACAGCCUCUCCUUUGUCGCGUCCCUCGCGUUGGACCCUACGUUUGAAAAACGCCUGGAUAUGAAUUAUGAGCAUUUUCCUCACUAAUGAACUGGGCCAGUAAUGCAGGAGACCGCGGCGACUCUCUCAUCACUGUUUCAAGAUGGCAGAUUUUCAUUGAGUUUUGAACAGAAAUCUCGCUUUAUUUUUUGCCAUGAAUAACAGAAACCCUUGCACCGAUGGCCCCUGUAUACGAAGGUAUGGCCUCGCAAGUGCAAGUGUUCUCCCCUCACACUCUCCAAUCAAGUGCCUUCUUUAGCGUGAAGAAACUGAAGGUGGAGCAGAGUUGUAACUGGGAUAUGACAGGGUACGGCACACACAGCAAAGUCUACACCCACAACAGCAGCAAGAACUUGUCGGCCGCAAGUGGCGCCCUAGGCAUCAACAGCUCCCUGCAGGUCGCCAGCUCCACCCUGCCCUACGAGCAGGCACUCAUCUUCCCAGCCAGCGCGGGCCACAUUGUGGUUGCCUCAGCCAGCAGCACUUCGGGGGCCGUGGGGUCUCUGCUGGGCAGCGGGGGUGGAGGCAGCAGCAGCAACAGCAGUGGUGGUGGAGGUGGCGGAGGCGGCGGCAGUGGUUUGGGUGGCGCAGUUGGUGUUCACAACCUGACACGCCGCAGCACGGUCAGUCUCCUAGAUACCUACCAGCGAUGCGGGCUUAAACGCAAGAGUGAGGAGCUUGACAACAACAGCAGCGUGCAGAUCAUUGAGGAGCACGGCCCACCAAUGAUCCAGAACGGAGCAGCCAGUGGAGCCACAGUGGCCACAGUGGCCACUGCCACUUCCACAGCAACAUCCAAGAACAGCGGCUCUAACAGUGAGGGGGACUACCAGCUCGUGCAACAUGAGGUGCUCUGCUCCAUGACCAACACCUACGAAGUGCUGGAAUUCUUGGGGCGAGGAACCUUUGGACAGGUGGUUAAGUGCUGGAAGAGGGGCACCAACGAGAUUGUAGCGAUCAAGAUCUUAAAAAACCACCCGUCGUAUGCACGGCAGGGUCAGAUCGAGGUCAGCAUCCUGGCGCGUCUUAGCACGGAGAGUGCAGAUGACUACAACUUUGUGAGGGCCUAUGAGUGCUUCCAGCACAAGAACCACACGUGCCUGGUAUUUGAGAUGCUGGAGCAGAACCUGUACGACUUCCUCAAGCAGAACAAGUUCAGCCCUCUGCCACUCAAAUACAUCAGACCCGUGUUACAGCAAGUGGCCACAGCCCUAAUGAAACUGAAGAGCCUGGGGCUGAUCCAUGCUGACCUGAAGCCAGAGAACAUCAUGCUUGUGGACCCGUCUCGACAGCCCUACAGGGUCAAAGUCAUUGAUUUUGGCUCAGCCAGCCAUGUGUCCAAAGCAGUGUGCUCCACUUAUCUACAGUCCAGAUACUACAGGGCUCCAGAGAUAAUCCUGGGCCUGCCGUUCUGUGAGGCCAUAGACAUGUGGUCCCUGGGCUGUGUGAUAGCUGAGCUCUUCCUGGGAUGGCCCCUUUACCCUGGAGCCUCAGAGUACGAUCAGAUCCGGUACAUCUCACAGACGCAGGGUCUGCCUGCAGAGUAUCUGUUGAGCGCGGGGACAAAGACCACCAGGUUCUUCAACAGAGACCCCGACUCCACCUAUCCUCUCUGGAGACUUAAGACUCCAGAGGACCACGAGGGUGAAACAGGGAUCAAGUCCAAGGAGGCUCGCAAAUACAUCUUCAACUGCUUGGAUGAUAUGGCGCAGGUGAACAUGACAUCAGAUCUGGAGGGGAGCGACAUGCUCGCAGAGAAGGCUGAUAGGAGGGAGUUCAUCGACUUGUUAACCAAGAUGCUGACCAUUGACGCAGACAAGCGGAUCACUCCUAUCGAAACACUGAACCACCCCUUUGUGACUAUGUCACAUCUCCUCGAUUUCCCCCACAGCACACACGUGAAGUCGUGCUUCCAAAACAUGGAGAUCUGUAAGCGUCGUGUCAACAUGUACGACACAGUCAACCAGAGCAAGACACCCUUUAUUACCCAUGUGGCCCCCAGCACCUCCACCAACCUCACCAUGACCUUCAACAACCAGCUGAACACUGUGCACAGCCAGGCCACCAACCUGGCUCCCUCCUCAACCAACAAUGCCACCCUUUCCUUUGCAAGUCCUGAUGUCUCCAUACUAAACUACCAAUCUGCACUCUACCAGCCCUCCGCUGCCUCCAUGGCAGCCGUGGCCCAGAGGAGCAUGCCUCUCCAGCCUGGGCCUCCUCAGCUCUGCACUGCCCGGCCCGACCCCUUCCAGCAGGCACUCAUCGUCUGCCCACCUGGCUUCCAAGGGCUGCAAGCGUCCCCCUCCAAGCACACCAGUUACUCUGUGCGGAUGGAGAAUGCUGUUCCCAUAGUGACACAGGCCCCUGGUGCCCAGCCUCUUCAGAUCCAACCUGGCCUGCUUACACAGCAGGCCUGGCCCAGUGGCACCCAGCAGAUUCUGCUGCCUCCAGCCUGGCAGCAGCUCACCCACACCUCAGUCCAGCAUGCCACUGUCAUCCCUGACUCCAUGAGCAGCACACAGCCUCUCGCCAACUGGAGGAACUCCCAUGCUCAUGGCAGCCAUUAUAAUCCCAUCAUGCAGCAGCCAGCCUUGUUGGCUGGCCAUGUCACGCUUCCAUCAAACCAGACACUCAACGUGGGAGUGGCACACGUUAUGAGGCAGCCCUCAACCAAUAACAACUCCUCUUCCAAAAAGAACAAACAGCACCAGAUGUCUGCCAGGAACAUGUCAGCAUACGAGGUGUCGUCCUCUCAGGCGGUGCUGUCUCCGCAGCGCUCUAAGCGGGUGAAAGAGAACACGCCCCCACGCUGUGCUGUGCUACAGAACGGCUCGGCCUCCAACUGCCACCCCCCGCAGGGCUGUGGGGGCAGCGGGUGGGGGGCCAGCGAAGCAGAGCAGGCUUCCAGCACCACUCGUGACCAUCAGGACCAGCACCAUGUCCCCAGACAGACCAUCAUCAUCCCAGACACGCCCAGCCCUGCAGUCAGCAUCAUCACCAUCAGCAGUGACACAGAUGAGGAAGAUGACCACAAACAAAACAACAGUUCAUCUUCAAAACAGCGGAAGAAUGUCAUCAGUUGCGUGACAGUCCAUGAUUCACCUGACUCUGACUGUUCCAGCCAUAACAGCCCCUACACUGUGGAGUCCAGACCCCCCAACAACAACAGCUAUGACACAAAGACCACCGUCCUGGACAACUACAAUAAUGGGAACCCCCGCACCAUCAUCAUUCCCCCUCUCAAAACCCAGAACAGUGAGGUCCCGAACGAGUGUGAGCGCCUGAUGUCAGAUGCAAUGAACCAUCAAAAUUCGGCUUACAAGUUCAAAUCCUCCAAUGGAGUGGUGUCUGGCAAUAAUCACAUACCAGGGGGUAUGACUGGAGGGGGGUCCUACAGACAGCAGCGCUCAGGGCCACACCCCCUCCAGCAGCAGCCUCUCAAUCUCAGCCAGGCACAGCAGCACAUGGUAGCUGAGCGAAGUGGAGGUCAUCGGCGCCAGCAGGCCUACAUCACCCCCACCAUUGCCACUCAGGCCCCGUACUCUUUCCAUCACAAUAGCCCCUCUCACACAGGCAAUGUGCACCCGCACCUGGCUGCCACCCACCUGCCCAGCCAGCCCCACCUCUACACCUACACAACCCCUGCUGCUCUGGGCUCCACUGGCACUGUGGCCCACCUGGUGGCGUCACAGGGCUCGGCGCGCCACGCAGUCCAGCACGGAAGCUACCCACCAAGCAUCGUCCACCAGGUCCCAGUCAGCAUGGGCCACCGUGUGCUGCCCUCGCCCACCUUGCACCACAGCCAGUACCAGGCCCAGUUUGCCCACCAAGCCUACAUCAGCGCCUCGCCCGCCUCCACUGUCUACACUGGAUACCCGCUGAGCCCCACCAAGGUCAACCAGUAUCCUUACCUCUAGAGAAGACACUGACUGACACUGGAGAGCCUGACCCAGCGUUGCUGCUUCCCCUGAACCCACCCGCCCUGAGACCCGUCGACAUCCUAAACAUCCUCUCCUCGACCUCAGACAUAAACAGAGACAGGGGAACAUGCAAUCCUCAUGAAACUGUCACGUAUAACUUGAAGAUGACAGAGAGGAAAAGAAAAAAAGAUUGACAGCCUCUCUAGAAGGGAAAGAUGGGGUUGAAUUUCAGAGGGGUAUUGUUCAAGAUGUUAUCUUUCCUGAUUUUUUUUUUCCCUGAAAGGGCCAGUUUUUGCUUUUAUUUGUCUGUUCUUCGCUUUACUUUAUGAGGAAAGAAAUGUCUCAUUAGUUUUACAGGGAAGUUUGAAACAGGCCUUUUGGGACAGUGGAGGUUUUCUGGUUUGUUUUCUUUUAUUUUCCCCUCUUAAAUUUGGGAAGUGACUGUUGAACAGGGGUUACUGACUGGAAGUUCGGAAUCCCAAGAGAUUUGGGAGAAGGUGAAAUACGGAAACCUGCUGCUCUUCAAAGAAAAAAAUACUGAUGGCCUUGAACUGUCUUAAUAUUUCCAAAUCAUUCAUGGUGUGGGGAGAAAAGAGAGCCUCCC